AUGGGUUUUGACGAAUUUCUCGACUACGUUGGCCAGUUUGGUAAAUAUCAGCGUGUUCGAUACUUUCUUCUGUGCCUUUUCUCUGUCGUUGCUGCAUGGCACAGUCUGAAUAUGGUGUUUGUUGGUGCCAAACCGGAGAAUCAUUGUCGGUUUCCAGAUGUAUCGAAUUUCACACCGCGGUCCUUAACGGUACAAGACUUGGCAACGAUUUUUUUUAUCCCGCCAGGUGAAGAAUGCCGCAUGUACAACAUUUCACAGACGUUGGAAAUAUGGAAUGCCGCAGGGAACAACAUUACGUCUAUGGUUAUUCUUGGUGUCAACAGAAGUAUUGUCAAGUGUCCAUUGGGUUCUACUUUCUCUACUGAAAAGUAUAAAUCGACGAUUGUUUCAGAGUUUGAACUCGUUUGUGACAGGAAAUUCUGGGUGAAGACGUCCAAGUCUGUUUACUUUGCGGGUCGACUGCUUGGAGCAGCGGUGUUUGGUCACCUAUCUGACAGUUUCGGUCGUCGUCCUAUGUUCUUCGUUGCAAUUGUCUUGCUGGUGGUCUCCGGGGGUGUGACGGCAGCGUCGCAGAACAUUUUUAUGUUUCUUCCCCUCUACUUUCUACAAGGAGCGGCACAAACAGGGGCAUUCCUCAUAGCCUUUACUUUAUCAACUGAACUGGUGGGACCCAACUACAGAGUUGUAACAGGAUUCGUCAUUCAGAUAUUUUACAGUAUUGGUUAUAUGUCUCUGGCUGCAAUCGCCUACUUUCUUCAAGAGUGGCGCUAUCUGGAGGCGGCCAUUACAGCACCAUGUGUAUUGUUUGUCAUAUAUUGGUGGUUUCUACCAGAGUCUGUUCGCUGGCUACUGUCUCAGAACAGAGAUAAAGAGGCAGAGAAAAUCAUAGAGGAUGUUGCCAAGGCAAACAAGGUGACGUUGAGCCCAGACAUCAUAGAAUCCCUUAAGAAAAGCCAAUCUGAUCAACUGACCCGGAAGUACACCUUUAUGGAUUUUAUCAGACAUUGGAGAAUACUAAAACUCUCUCUAAAUAUUUGGUUUAACUGGUUGGUGAAUGCCCUAGUCUACUACGGCUUGUCGUUAAAUACAGAAAACCUAGGCGGAAAUCCCUACGUAAAUUUUUGUAUUGCAGGCGCGGUAGAGAUACCUGCAUAUCUCGUUUGUAUUUUCCUCUUGAAUACAGUUGGGCGACGAAUCCCUCUGGUGGCAGCCAUGUGCAUAGGUGGCGUUGCUUGCAUCGUGUCAGGAAAUCUGCCGACAGAGGGCAAUAGAAUGCAGAUAACAUCAAUUGUGUUAGCUAUGGUUGGCAAGUUCUGUAUAACUGGCUCAUAUGCCAUCAUCUAUCUAAUGGCAGCCGAACUCUUCCCAACAGUUGUCAGGAAUACAGGCAUGGGUAUUUCUUCAAUGUCUGCCAGGAUCGGGGGAAUUUUGGCGCCAUUAUUCAUAGAUCUGAAGAGUGUAGCACAACCGCUACCCAUCAUUCUGUUUGGUGGGUUUGCUGUCGCGUCUGGACUUCUCGCCUUGCUGCUACCAGAAACUAAAGGGCGCCCUCUACCGGAGCGUUUGGAAGAUGUUCAAGAGACAAGGUGGCCCUGGGCCCACAAUAAACUGGAAGUACGGGAUGGGUCUCAGUCGAUUGUGGAACUAUCUGAUUUGUAAAAUAGAAGUGUCGUGUGCAUUGAUCCGCUGUCCUGUCUGCACUCUACAGUAUGUGACCACUCAGCACCAGUCAUUUAUGAUGAUGAAGAAGUUUGUUUUGUUUAACGACACCACUUGAACACAUUAAUUUAUUAAUUGAAUGUCAAUCAUUUGGUAAUUUUGACAUAUAGUCUUAGAGAGGAAACCCGCUACAUUUCAUUUAUAAUGAAGAGUGUUUGGAAAUAACAGUUGCGUGCAAGAAUUCCGUGCAAUAUCAGCCACUUUGUAAAAACAAGUUUGUUUCGUUUAGCAACACCA